GCUGCACGCCGCAACCAAAUUCGGCGCGCUACGUACUCUACUGGCUCGGAUUCACUCCCGUCCCGGCCCUCUACUCCACUCCACCCACCGGAUUGCUAACUUGCUUCCUCCGUCCGCGGCCACCACUUUCUCCUCUCCUCCUCAGAGCAAGAUCAUUCAAGUAUAAUCCUGCCUCCUACUAGCUAUAAUGGCAGCAGCUGCAGCAUCAUCCGUGUCCCUCCCCGGGGCGAGGGCUCUCCCGACGUGGUCCAGCUCCGUGUCCGGCGACUCGCACUCGUUGGCGCUGAGCUCGUGGGCGGCGCGGCCUCGGUCGGCGCGGCCACUGCGGGCGCCGGCGAGGAUGGGCAACGUGAACGAGGGCAAGGGGAUCUUCGCACCGGUGGUGGUGGUGGUGCGCAACAUCGUUGGCCGCAAGCGCUUCAACCAGCUCAGGGGAAAGGCCAUCGCGCUGCACUCGCAGGUGAUCACCGAGUUCUGCAAGACCAUCGGCGCCGACGCCAAGCAGAGGCAGGGCUUGAUCCGCCUUGCCAAGAAGAACGGCGAGAAGCUCGGUUUCCUUGCCUGAUCGACAUGCCCUUCCUAAUUCCUACUAGCUCAUUUGAUUGGUGUGGAUUUCCUCUCUGAAUGAAUGAAUUUCCUGUAGCUAGCUAGCCAGCCGCGCCUUCCUCCCUGCGUAUAAAUGUGUCUUGUGCGUACGUAUACCUCCUCUUCUGACCUUCAAUUCCAUCCAUCCAUGCCAUGGCGGCAUGAACGAAUGAAUUAGUAGUAAGUAAUACGCGCAUGCAUGAACGAAUGAAUAAUAUACUAUAUAAUGCGUGUAUACAGACACUAGCGCUGGCUAGCAUGUAUGAUGAUCAUGAUGUAUAUGUAUGAGACUGAGACUGUAUGUAGCCAGUUAAGCGACAUCAUUGCCGUCAAGCUCCAA